UUCUUCAUGGCGGACACAGAGAAGAGAAACACACAAGAGAAUGCAGCCAGUAUUGGAGAAUCUUUGAAAGUGGAUUUUGCGGGGGUGAUGGUGGGUGGAGCUCUUGCUAAAAUGAAAACUCAGGAUGUGGUCCAUAAUGGCAACAAGCUUCUGGAUGAUUCAGAUCCUGAAAAGGUAGCAGAAGUAUCCAAAGUCCUUAACACAAAUGGCUACCAAUCUGAUGACGUAGGAAUAGAAAAGAAGGAAGAUGGACAUACUGUCAUGGCAACACGUAAAAGUGAUAUACAGGAAGUUGAUGUAGAUAAACUUAAGAAAAAGACCAUCGUUAAUGGGAAUAUAGGUCCGGUAACAUCAUUAGAUACUUCACAAGCAGACAACAAAAACUCAUCUGAACAAGUCAAAACAGAUUCUAAAAACAUUCAAAGUAAAAGUUCUGAUAAUGCAGAAAUAAUUUCUUCCCCAAACAUGCCAGCACUUGGUGAGAAAAUAGACAAAAUGGCAUCGCCAGCAGUAGAUUGUGAUAAGAAUGGUCAUUCUCAAUCAGAGGUACAGGAGGGACCAACGUGUUUACGGUUAUCAGGUGCGGAAUCGCCUGGUGCUGAUCUACCCAGCAGUCGGCCUGCUGAAAAUCAAGAAACAAUUUCUGGUUCUGUAAACACAAGGACGAGUAGAAGUCGUAGCAAAACUCCAGUCACCACACGGAGUAGGAGUGGAACGCCUGUCAGUGUGGCAGGCACUGCCUCUUCUAUAGAAGACAGCAGGUGUAGUACUCCAUUGAGCACUGCAUAUAGCAGUUGUACUACAGUGGUAUCCGAUGGUAGCAGGAGUUCAACUCCAGAUCCGACCUCAAAGGUGAAAACUGAUCCAGAUAAAGUACAAUGUAACUCCAGCAUCCAUGGAAUACCUGCUGCAGGUGGAGAUGACAAGACAGGAAAAGAUUCCAUUACAUCUGUGGAGAAACAGAAAGACAAAUGUAUUGGAGAUUCUAACGUUAUAGGAAAUUCAUUGAAAGCCAGUUCCACAGAAAGUCAGACCAUUGAGCUUAGUUCUGAAUCCAAAAGUUCUUUUAAGUCUGAAGUUGACAUGGCAGUUGACUCACCGUUAGAAACAAACCCUCCAUGUAAUUCUGACAAAAAGGAUUCUUCAGAUACAAAUUCAAGAAGCCAAAGUGCCCGUAGCUCUGUGGAGCGUUCGUUCAUUGAUAAUGCUCGAAGCUCUGAAGAGCGAAAUUUAGGUCCAUUAAGUCCAUUAGGUAAUCACUCAGGUUGUCGAAGUUCAGAGGAACGUUCUCUGGACUCGACAGACAGUACAAUGUCAAAUAAAUCCAGAACAUUUGUGCCUAAAGCCCGUAAGUCGGGAUUCCCAUCAUCAUCUGCAAAGAAACGUGAUAUGGUGCUCUCAAACAAUGUAAUUGUAAAAUUACCUGACUUUGAUAAUCCUAUACAAAUUGAUAGUCGAACUCUGGAGAAAAUAAGUCGAUUAGGAAAAAUGGAAAACAAGCAUAAGGGGGCAGGUCCCUCAAAAUUUCAUGAUAAACAUUUACAAAAGAAAUCUUCCCCAAAACUCUCAUCUAAACGUACAUCACCUAUUCUAUCUAGUCCAAGUAAAAAAUUUCCUUACAAGCGUAGAAAACGGAAAUUAGGAGGUUAUAAGCUUCCUAAUGAGAUUCGAAAAGGUAAAUCUGGGAAAAAGAAAAAUGACUCUGAGAGUGGAAAGGACACUAAAGGCUCAGAUUGUGAUGAUAGUGUUGAUAGUCAAAUGAUGGUAGACCUCAACGAAAGUCAGGAAACUGCAAGUGAUGUGUCAGCAAUGGACAUAGACAAUAUGUCAUGUACAGAGGACAGGUCACCGGUGCCAUCACCUACUCCUGACAAGUCAGCGACUGUAGAAACAGAAGCUGGUCCCCAUAAUGAAAAUUCAAGUGUAGCUAAUAAAAGUGAUAACAUAACUAAAUCAACUGACAUUGCAGCAAGUCCAGAUACGAAUAAGGACGGCAACGGUAAAAGUGUUUGGGACAUUUUCAAGAAUUCUAAUGUCACACCAAAAAGUAAAAAUACUUUGGGUAGUACGCGGAGCACAAAGGGGCCAUGUGUUCGGAAGUUAGAGAAGAUGGGAAAGGAGUUCCAUAAAGGUAAAACUAUGGAUGAUUAUUUGUUGGGGAAUCAUAUGAAGACGGAACAGGAAGUGGAUACUAAGGGAUCCGAGUCAAAUGUAAUGAAUACUCCAUCUUCACGCAAGACUGAUUUAGAGGAAUCAAGAAAGAGGAAAAAAGUUGAAGAUGAUGAUUCCGAUGAGGAAGUUACAGUCCGUGCCAAUCCAAUGUCCACACCUCAGUCCGCUAUCCAACAUCAGUCAGGUAAAAAGCUGAAAUUGGAGGACACCCGCAAGACCCUGAUUACUGUGCUCAAUACCCCACCUGGGUCUAUGCCUACACCCACGGGUCUACGAUCUCUACUGCCUCGUUCACUGAUGGGGAGCCCUACCAACACAAUGCCCAGACUUGAGACUCACACCACAAUGCAAAAUGUUAUUACUUCACACAAUCCGCCAAAGCUGAUUGUCCUGUCAUCGGCACCACAAUCUAACAGCAUACAACAACCUCCGUUUAGUUCAGGUAUUACCAUGGUUACCAAACCCUUGACCACAGGGUCAACUUCCGUGAUUUCUACCCCACUGUGUAUCAAGAGUAAUAAUUCUCAGCAGCAGGUACUGGAGCUGACUCCACAGGGUCGUGCCCCAGUCCUCAAGAAUCUGCUGACAGAAAAUAUAGACAGGGUGGUGUGCCUUGGAGAGGGCGAGCCAGACUCUGAAAAAGAAAACAGCUCAGACUCUCUCCCAUCAAGUAUGAGUUACCCAGUGACUCCGCCUAAGACACCUGAUGACCAACACAGCGAGGACUUGUGUUCCGUUCCUAUAAAAUCUGGCAUAGAUUAUAUUCAAGCCCCACCCGGUCCUACUCCUCCAGAAAAAGACAUCAUCCCUUUGUGUUGCUGCAAAAUCAAUGGUGCUAGUUUCAAAAAGCUUGGCUGUAGUACAACAUAUUGCCAGGCUCUUGAUUCCAUCGACGGGAAGGUGAUGGGGUGCUGCAAUAAAGUUACAGGUUCCCAGCUGGUACGUCCGGGAGUCAAGAUACCAUUCAUGGCCCUGUGUGAGGCACACCGUAAACGAUUACGACUACACCAGUGUUGUCCUGGCUGUGGACAUUUCUGUGCACAGGGCAAGUUUUACCAUUGUAAGAAGGAGGGGUCGGUUUCUGUUCACCACUUUCACAAACUGUGCCAGGUCCUGAAGGGAGGUAAAUACUACUGCCCUCACUGUGGGGAGGAGUCACAACAGUUUGAAAUAUCUUUGUCAUUAGAGGAGCCAGGUGUGGAGAGUCAGACGGAGGAGAAAACAAACGCCAGGACAGCACACUUAAAUAGAGCCAAGAUUACCAUUCACGCUAACACAUACAGGUCAUUCCUGAAGCCAGAAAAAGAUCCUAGUGAAGAUCAGAUCACUGCCUCUCAUAAACUGUCCGGCGACAAGACACUGUCUUCAGGUGGAGUUCCCAUUGGACCAGACAAGAAUGCCCUUGAAAAGGUCAUAAACAGCUUGGCUGUUGAAAGGCCAUUGAAGUACCGUAAAUUGCCUAAAUCUAUGUACAACCCAGCCUAUGAGGGAGACUUGGAAAAGAUCAUCUUUAUGAUUGUUGAUGGAUUUGAUCCAAAUGAAAAGUAUGAGGAUUUUGACAACCAGACCGCAUUGCACGCUGCAGCUAUCGGCGGUAGUCUACCUAUUGUUCACCUGCUUAUACAGGCUGGAGCAUCAAUCCACAGAAUUGACAAGGAGAUGAAGACCCCAUUGAUGUAUGCAGCAGAAAAUAACCAUAUCAAUAUUGUUCAAUACUUCCUCAAGAUGGAUGCUGAUGUUACAUUAAGGGCUGAGGAUGGCAUGACAGUGUUACAUUACGCAGCCAAAGCUGGACACGUGGGAGUGCUCAAGUUGCUACUGGAGGCCGACAAGAUCAACAUUAAUGUACAGGAUGAUGGCGGCUGGACACCGAUUAUUUGGGCAUCAGAACAUAAAUAUGUGAAUGCUGUAAAAUACUUGGUGAAGAAUGGUGCUGAUCCAAACCUCAAAGAUAAGGAGGAGAAUACAAGUCUACACUGGGCGGCUUUCUCGGGUAGUGUGGACAUUGCCGAAAUAUUUCUGAAUGCAGGCUGUGAUUUAGAGACUCCAAAUGAACACGGAGACCGUCCAUUACACAUUGCAGCCCGACAGGAUCACUAUGAAUGUGUGGUAUUAUUCCUAGCUCGUGGUGCUGAUGUGGAAGCAAAAAAUAACGAAAAUGAAGUGCCUAUCCAGUGUUGUCUAAAUGAGAACAGUCCUGUCUGGCUGGCUCUAAGGGUUAACAAACAGCUCAAAGGUUUUGCUGCAGCCAGAAUGGGCAGACCAGAGAGGUUGAUCCAUAGGGAUGUGUCGAUGGGCAGAGAAAACAUUCCAAUCGCUGUGGUGAAUGGUACAGAUGAUGACCCCAUUCCCACAGACUUUCAGUACAUCACGGAAAACGUGGAAACAGUGGACCUUAACAUUAACAGGACCAUCCACAGUCUACAGAGUUGUCGCUGUUCUGACAAUUGUUCCUCCAUGUUCUGUGUUUGUGGCCGUAAUAGUGUCAAAUGCUGGUACGACCGGGGAUGUAGACUGUUGCCAGAUUUCAACAUGUUGGAGCCGCCAUUGAUAUUUGAGUGUAACAAGGGCUGUCGGUGUUGGAGCACAUGUAAUAAUCGUGUUGUCCAGAUGGGAAUAGCGAGUCGACUACAGAUGGUAAAAACUAACGGCCGUGGCUGGGGUGUCAAAUCACUUCUAGAUAUACCGAAGGGCAUGUUUAUUUGCGAGUAUAUUGGUGAACUCAUCUCUGACUCUGAAGCUGACAGUAGAGAGGAUGAUUCCUAUCUGUUUGACCUUGAUAACAGGGAUGGAGAUACCUACUGCAUUGAUGCUCGUCGUUAUGGCAACAUCAGUCGCUUUAUUAAUCACCUUUGUGAGCCGAACUUGAUUCCUGUCAAGGUGUUUGUGGAGCACCAGGACCUCCGUUUUCCUCGUAUAUGUUUCUUUUCCUCUCGUGACAUCAAGGCUGAUGAGGAGCUUGGGUUUGACUACGGUGAGAAGUUCUGGAUGAUUAAAUGGAAGCAGUUUACAUGUGCCUGUGGAUCCCCCAAAUGUAAAUAUUCAAGUGAAACAAUCCAGAAAACGUUGGAAGACUAUCGCCUUCGUCAUGAGGAUGAAGGAACUGGGGAAGGCGGGACCACGUAGUUGUGGCUAACGGGACCAUUCAGCAAUUGUAUACUAGGACAUAUACUAAGGAAGACUUUAUGUGCUAUCAAAUAUGGAGGAUUAUUUUAAUAUAAACACGUCACUGAUUUAAACUUGUGUCACAAAUGUACUCGCAAAAAUUGAUGGGCUGUGUAUGUGUAAUAUGUGUUGAUGAAAAAUAGUCCUGUAUGAAACGAACACUUGUAAAUUAGAUUGUUUGUUAACAGGGCAGUUGUAUAGAGAGGAAGCACUGUAUAGAUGAAUGAAUCAAUAUUUAUGUGGAGCUGGCUGGCUGUCUCAGUGUCUUGAUUUACCACAACACUGGUCAAUGUUGGUAAAAUUAUAUAUUAACCUUAAUGGAUUGAACUAGAGAAGACUAUUUUAGAUAUUAAGUUUGGUUUGAUGACUUGUGAGAAAACAGUAGCUCUACUGUAGGGAUCAUACAUAUAAGGUGAUAGAGGAGUUUGGACGAACGGUUUAGAAGGACUUUGCAUGGUUUAAUAUGAUCAAACUUUCUAGGAUACCGUGUUUAAUAUCAGUCUAUGAGAAUUAAUCUGGUAUCCAUGGUCAAAGAACUUCACCUUCUAGUAUCCUCUGGUAUCCAUGGUCAAAGAACUUCACCUUCUAGUAUCCUCUGGUAUCCAUGGUCACAGACAUUCGGCUUCUGGCAUCCAUUGUCACAUCCUUGACCUUCUCGUAUCUGUAGUAACCUACAUUCAUGUUCUAGUAUCCAAGGUCACAGACCUUGACCAAGUAUCCAUGGUUACUUCCUUUACCUUCUAGUAUCCAAGGUCACAGACCUUGACAUAGUAUCCAUAGUCACUUCCUUGACCUUCUAGUAUCAGAGGUCAUUGACAUCCACCCUUUACUAGCAUCAUCGGUAGCCAGUUAAUGAUAGUGCACCUGUUGUUAGAUACUUGAUGUCUUGUGGGUUAAAAGCUGAAGAGGAUGGAGAAACAAAUGUUAGGAAAAUUGUGUUCACUUACUGUGGUGCGAUAUUUACUGUACAAUAGUAGGAAUUGUCAGCAUAUUGAGUGUGUGUCAUCGGCAUACUUGGUGUGAGGAUUUGUCUUGUAUAUUUUCAACACAGUAUCUAUAUAAAGUUUCACUUAUUUAAUAAUGAUCUGAUACAGUCUAGUGUUAUUUAUGUUGUUAUAGUUACAUAUGAAUAUAAUGGGGUUAAAUUCAAAAUGAAAUCGGAAUUUGAUGUGUAAAUGGUUAUAUUAAUAUAAUGAUAUAUAAUUAUAUUUUAACAUAUUCAUUAUGCUCUUCUGAUAUUUUUAAGACGUGCCGUUUUAUUUGGUAAAUUCAGAGUUAAUGUAAGGAUAAUGUCCAUUUGACAUACAAUCUCUGGUAAUGUGAAGUUGUGUUCGUAUGUGUGUUUUUGAUAUCACAGAGGGGAAAAUCACGUCAAAUAAAACAAUUCAGUUUUUGGUUCAAAGAAAGAUAACACCAUGGAUUUAAAUAUUCAGCAAAUUUGCCUGCAAAAAAACAUCGGUAUAGCCUAAAACUCCUUUACAAAGAAAUGCAAGCCAUUUCAAAGAGGUCUUAAUGUCAUUGUUUUUAUAGACUGAUGUUUUUUGAAAGGUCAUUAUUUUGUGACCCAAGAUAAUCAUGUAUAAAAUACAAGUUUGUAUAUAAUUUAUUUGUGCAUACUUUUAUAUUGUACAUUUUUUUUCUCUCAUUUUAUUUGUUGUAGACAUUGUUAUAUUAACAAGAGAAAAUAUGUGCCGAUUAUCAACUUAGAUUGCUCUAGAUUAUACACAAUACCUAUAUAUAUAUUUUUUCUCUCUGCUUUUUGCAUUUUUUUCUGCCUUAUACAUAUGUUUGCUUUUGAAAAAAUCUAUGAAUAGUAAUUUGCAUUUUUUUUUUUUUUUUAAUGUUUUGUUUCCUGAGAUUGCAAAUGCAGGCCACCAUAUUUGUCACAUAAAUUUUUUAGUUUGAAAUUCAACAUAUUCACUACCUGGCAUCAAAAAUGAUUGACAAGACUCUAAACUGUCAAAAAUUCUGUCUCAAACUGAAAGUUUCAAUAUAUACUUACAUAUACAGAGUUGGAUUGAUCAAGACUUUUUGUAACAGGGCGGUAGUUAAAUUUGACAUUGGAAAUUGUCUUCCUACAUGUAGGUAGACAAUAAAUUAUGAAUGAAUAUUUCAGAUUGUUUUAUUGCAUAUUAAAAUGAUAGGUGAUUGGCAAAUAUUAUAUUAACAUUCUUGAGUGGAUAUUCAGCUAGUAAAUAUUCUUUAGAUUUUAAAGUCUUAAGUGUCGGUGUGUAUUCCCGUGUAACAGAAAUUGGAUUAAGUUAUGACUCAUAUAACUCAAACUUAUUCUCAUCCACUUCACUCUAUUCCAGGUUAUUAGGAAAAUUUCUGGGGACUUCAAAAAAUGAGUAAUUACCAUCAUUUUGAAAAUGUUUUAUGUAAAAUCAGGAACAAAAUGAAAGAUAAAGAGGGCCCAGUUUCAGUUUUGAGGAACCCAUGGUUCGAUCCCCUUCAGGAUUAUAUUUGACCCUGUAUAUGUAGGUUCUGAUAUCGCACCAGGGGUCAAGAUUAACUGAUUUGACAUCUUUUAAACAACAAGAACAUGUUUCUACGCUAAUUAUUAUUAGCAGAGUGAAUCAUGUUGAUUGGCCAUAGUAAAGGUCAUCAGAACAUGACCUCUGUGAUAUCAGAUUCUUCUCUUAGCUUAUCUGUAGAGAAUUUAGAGUUAUUGAGUAACACGUACCAUCUGAUAUUGAUCAAAUUGAAAUGUUUCGUACAUGUAGAUAAGAUUUGAAUCUGGUAGCUUGUAAAAUAUUGAAAUUUAGAAGUAAUGUUAUUGAAGCAUGUUAUGUAUUCACAGAUACAGAGUUCAUGUAUGAAAAUACACCAUGUUAAUAUCAAGAUAAUAAACAGCUAUGUGGCAUGCAGCUGAAAUUCCAAGGUUAGUCAUGUCUUCAAAAUCAUGAGGUAAGCAGAAGUACUAUUAUUGAAUGAGGAAGUGUAUUCAAACAAGGCUGGUGUUAUUUUAGUAUACAAUAUCAGGUGUUUGUAUUUUACUAGCUAUCAAGUGUAUCUACUCGAGCAUAUAGUUAUAUAGUGAUUUUAGCAAACUAUGUAUCUGCUUAAUUUUAUUCUGUUUUGUAUCUAUGUGUAUGACUUUGUUUUAAUUGCUCAGAACCUGUACAAGGGUUAAUUUCAGUUGUUGAAUCCGAGAGCAGAGUACAAGUCCAGAUAUUUGGGACUAUGAGAGGUACAAUGUUAAACACUGUAUUUAUUGGUCACUUAACUUUAUACAUGUCUUUAUUCACAAAUUUUUACUCUUUUUCUUUUUUCUUUCUUUUUGGCCUGAUACAUGUUCAAAAUAAUUCUUACCCAAAUCCCAAUAGAUAUGCAUCUGUAACCAAGCCUGAUUAACACUAGCUAGAAGUUUUGCAUUUCAGGAAAUUGGGAUAAUUCUGUGGUAUUUUGGGAUCAGGUAUAUAGGUCAUGCUCUUUUGACAUGUUUAUGGUAAAGUGUCUUUCCAUUAGGUACUGAACUAAAUUUUGCUCAAAACAAAGUUAAAAGCAUUAUUUCUAAUGUUACAGCAGCAUUUGAUAUGUAUCGGAGACUCCUUUUGUACUAGAGAGUUAGCAGACUGGCUGACCGACCAAAAACAACUUUUGUUGUAUAGGUUUUCAUUCAUGGGCAUUACCUUGAAUGAUCAUAUAGAAGUCAGUUAAGGGGAAAAAUAGGUCCUUAUUCUAUAGUCUGUUGAAUGUAGUGAUUGAAUACUUAACUGUCUCUUGAUCUCUUUCUAUUUGGUAGGAUUAUGAAUUUAGCUUGGACAAUGAUCCUGGGAAGACAAGGGUUGAACCUAUUUAUAUUAUUAAAAAACAAAAUUAUUGAUCAUAAUAAGGGAAAAAAAUCAUUAAUGAAGAAAGUUGUUUAAAUUUAUUAUUUUGGUAAUUUUAGGUAUAUCUUUCACCUAUCUGACAUAUUUUGAUAUUUUGAUAAAGGUAAUGUUUUAAUUCAAGUGAAUGGGUUAUAAGGCCCAAAAAAUGAAUUUCAUUCUUAAGAAAUGUUGUAGGAAAGUUUUGCGAUGUAUGAAUGCAGUAUAGUGAGUUUUAAAUACAUUAAACUCCUCAUUGUUAGAGGGCGAUAUAUUACAAAAGUUUUCCAAUAAGUAAAUGCAAUGUUGAAAAAUCAUUGUUGUCUUAAAACUUAUUCAUUGUCAAAAGAACUUAAAGCUUCUAGUGACAGACUAUAAAUUUCUAGAUGCUGUUCCUCAAAACAAUGGACAAGAAUUAAGGGCUGGAUUAGACUGAACUCUGUAACCUGUGGAGUGGUGCAUGCUGUGGGUGAACACGUGUUUUGUAUCAGUUUAUAACAUCGACAUGGAUAUAUAUGUGUCAUUGUAAAUAAAGUAGAAUGAAAGAAAA